AUGAGCGGCCGGGCAAUGACCCUGCAGGAUCACAGCCGCGAGGUCAACCAGCUGCGCCUGCAGUUGCGCAGCCCAGAGAAUCAGCGCGACCCAGAGAAGUACCUGAAGUAUGUCAAGCGAACCAUCUCCUACAUGACCCAGGGCAUCGAUGUGUCGUCCCUCUUCUCGGAGCUUGUGAUCGCCACCAACACUCAGAGCAUGAUCCAGCGAAAGCUGGUGUACCUCUUUCUGUGCAACUAUGCGGACUCCAACUCGGAGCUUGCGCUGCUUGUGGUGAACACCCUGCAGAAGGACUGCCACGAUAGCAACCCCAUUGUCCGUGGCUUGGCCCUUCGCAGCUUGAGCUCCCUGCGCAUCCCCUCCUUGGCGGAAUAUGUCUUCCCCGUGGCCAAGCAGCUGAUGGCCGACAGCAGCUCCUAUGUCCGGAAGAUCUCGGCCCUGGCCGCUGCCAAGAUCUCCUACCUGGCGCCCCACCUGGUGGAGGAGUAUUCCAUCAUUCCCUCCUUGCUCCACAUGCUUCGUGAUAAGGACCCCCUUGUUGUCGUGGGCGCCCUUACUGCGCUGGAGGAGAUCCAAGCCGAUGCCGGUGCCCCAGAGCUCAGCUCCGCCGAGGUGGUCCAGCUGCUGCUCGCCCGGCUGCCGACAUUCAAUGAGUGGGGCAUGCAUACGGUCCUCACCGCUCUGGCGCGGCACUUCCUGCCCAGGAAUGAGGACGAGCUAUUCGACGUCCUGAAUGUCAUCGACGGCAACCUGAAGCACACCAACUCCGGCGUCGUGCUCGCCUGCGCCAAGCUCUUCAUCCUGUAUACGGAAAACUUCCCGGAGCUGCAUGCCGAUGUGUCCACACGUCUGAAGGACUCUCUGGUCACCCUGAUGUCGGCCAACUGCCCGGAGCUGAUCUACAUCAUUAAUCAGCACUUGCGAAUGCUCAUGCGCCGCUGGCCCGCCCUGAUGGAGCGCGACUUCCGGGUGUUCUUCCUUAAGUACAACGAGUCGACUUUCCUCCGCUGCCAGAAGAUCGCCCUCCUGGCACAGUCGGCCACCGCCACCAACUAUGGCAUCAUCGUCGAUGAACUGAGUCAAUAUGCUCUGGACCCCAAAAAGAGCAUCGUCACCGCGGCCCUCAACGGCCUGGGGAAGGUGGCCACCGCGGUGCCGGCCGCACUGGACCACUGCCUUGGGCACCUGAAUAGCUUGUCCGAACUGGAGGCCGACGCCACUGUGGUGACCAUGGAACUGCUCCAUGUCCCGCAAUCCGGCAAGGUGUCGGUCACGCUGCGUGCCGGCCCGGCGGCGCUCUGCUUUGAGGAUGCCCCCCAGACCGGGAUCGCCACCGGCCCCGUGGACUAUGAUCAACUCCUCACGACGAUCGUCAACGAUCUGACCCGAGCCAUGCAGUAG